UUACACGUCUUAAUAGAAGAAUAAAAACAUGAACUUCCGGUUCCGUUCGCACUCACCCGUGUGACGUUGCAGGUUCUCCUCUUUCACCUCAUCAUCCUCCGUCACCUGCGAGAAGGAGAAGGAGGAGGAGUUCAGCGCGGAGCGAAACCACGUCCCCCCCGCCUCCUACCCCCGCGGUGCAGACAUGGCCCUGUCCCGACUGGAGAAGGUCCAGGUGUGGCUCCUGAAGGCGGCGGCGGGGCUCCUGUUCGCGCUGUUCCGGCUCCUGUCCCCUCGCAGCGGGGCGCCGUCGGGGAGCCGCAAGCUGCCGCCCGUCAGCUGCCCUCUGCUGCUCAUGUCGGCCACGCGGCUCGCCCACAAGAUCCGGAAGAAAGAGGUGUCGAGCGUGGAGGUGGUGCAGGCCUACAUCGACAGGAUCCAGGAGGUCAACCCCUUUCUGAACGCCGUGACUAAAGACAGGUUCGAUGCGGCCCUGCAGGAGGCGAAGCAGGUCGACGUGCUGAUUGAGGAGGAGACUGGAGGAGAGGAGGUGCUGGAGGACCGACUGCCUUUACUGGGAGUCCCGCUCUCUGUCAAAGAGUCCUUUGCCCUCCAGGGUAUGCCCUUCACCUGCGGAGUGGUUUCCAGGAAAGGAGUGGUGGCCACGGUCGACGCUCCCCCGGUGGCCCUGCUGAAGCGGGCGGGCGCCAUCCCGAUGGGCGUCACCAACACCAGCGAGCUGUGCAUGUGGUGCGAGUCCAACAACCACCUCCACGGCAUCACCAACAACCCGUACGACUUCCAGAGGAUCCCGGGGGGGAGCUCAGGGGGGGAGGGCAGCAUCCUGGGAGGAGCAGGCGCAGUCAUCGGCGUGGGCUCCGACAUCGGCGGCAGCAUCCGCAUGCCCUGUUUCUUCAACGGAAUAUUCGGACAUAAAACCACGCCUGGCGUCGUCUCCCUCGAGAACCAGUUCCCCGUCUGCAGCGGCCGACAAGCGGAGUUCUGCAGCAGUGGUCCCAUGUGCCGCUACGCCGAGGACCUGCUGCCGAUGCUCAGGAUCAUGGCCGGACCCAACGCCGCCAUGUUGUCCUUAGACACAAAGGUCGACCUGAAGAAGCUGCGGUUCUUCACCAUCCCUCACGACGGCGGCUCUCCGAUGACGUCGCCGGUCAGCAAGGAGCUGAUGGCCGCUCAGAGGAAGGUGGUGGAGCGGCUGGAGGCCGACCUCGGCGUCAAAGUGCAGGAAGUGCACUUCCCGGAGUUCCGCUACGGGAUCCAGAUCUGGGACACGUACAUGAGUCUCCCCGACAAGGAGGGCAAGCCUCCGACGCCAUUUGUUGAGCUGAUGGGGGAACCAGGAAAAUCGACGUGGCCUCUUUGGGAGCUGCUGAAAAGGAUGGUGGGAAGAUCCGAUCAUACCGUGGCUGCUAUCGGUUUGGCCCUGCUAGAGAAGGCUCGCGUCGCCGAACCCUCCGCAUUCAUCAUCCAGCAGAAGGAGCGGCUGCAGAAGAACGUCGACGAGCUGCUGGGCACCGACGGCGUCUUCCUCUACCCGUCGCACCCGAGGGUGGCUCCCAAACACCACCACCCGCUCUUCAGGCCGGCCGACUGCGCCUACACAGGUAUCAUCAACAUGCUCGGGCUGCCGGUCACCCAGUGCCCUCUGGGUCUGGGCGAGGAAGGUCUGCCCCUGGGGGUGCAGGUCGGCGCGGGCAAGCUGCAGGACCACCUCACCCUGGAGGUGGCCCUGUACCUGGAGAAGACGUUCGGGGGCUGGAGGGACCCCGGGGCCAACUGAGACCAGGAGUCGGGUCUUCCUGCUCGCUGUAGUACAAAGAGGCACAAUCACCACAGCUGAAUGUUUAAAGAGAUGUCUGCAGUAAUGGGGGGGGGGGGGGGGGGGUUGCAAUUAUGUCUUUGUAUAAUUUACUGUUCAGAGACAACUGUGAGCCCAAGUUUAAAAAAAGAGAUUAACACACAAAACAAGUUUCUUUGACUGAAUAUUGAUACUUUUAACAUCCCCACUGGGUGUUUGUAGGGCUCGUACCUGCAUGAGAAGGAGUGUGUUGCCCGUUUCAAGGUUCAAGGCCUUAAAAGCCCUCCACGCCCACACAAACAUUUCUGCCGUUCCAAGUCAUCAGACCGCCCCCCCCCCCGGCGGAGCUAAGCUGUUGUUCACAGUAAUCUAACAAAGGGUCAGUUUGUCCAGCUUCAACAGGAAGCCCGAUUUGGCCCUGUUGG